ACGGAGACGCGGCCACCAUGGAGCUCGAGUCGUCGAUGAAGAUGAAUCUGUACGACAUGUCCAAGGCGACGCUGGUGGGACUGUUCACCAUCUUUCUGUGCUUGUUUAGCAUUUCUGUGAUCAUCGGGGCGGCCGGCCCGCCGAUCUUUGACUCGUACCAGACGACGGCGCUGUCGCAGGGUGUGGACAUGCGGUACAACACGUCGCAGUUCAACUGGGAGAUUCAGCACCUGGACAAGCUCAACCAGAUGCUAAUUUUCAAGGUUGCGCUUGUCAACGGGCGGGCGGCAAGGGAGGGGAUCAACACUCGGCUGACGAUGAAAACGUCGCUGUACGGGUCCAAGGACGGCUUUGCGUUCAAUGCGAUUGUGGUGGACAAGAUCGAGUCGCGCAAGAUCAAGUGCUCGCAGGGCAACAUCCACUGCGACGAAGUGGCACUCCUCCACGAGCCGUUUGUGCACUACCCUAUCUACCGGGUCGAUGUGCGGUUCCUCAACGCCGAGGAGGAGGACUGGAUCCAGGACGCGGUCUUCAUCUGGCGGGUGUUCAACCACUCGUUCACGCUCUUUGAGCUCUGGUUCCGGUUCACCUUCCUCGUCCUCACCUUUGUCAUGCUCGUCUGGUUCUCGCACCGGCUCCGGGCGUACAAGUCGAGCGAGUGGUCAAUCGAGCAAAAGUGGAUGACGGCGCUGUUGUUCUCGCUGCUGGCGUACAACAACCCGCUCUUCCCGCUCACCAUUCUCGCUGACUCAUGGUUCCCCGAGUUCCUUGACGUCUGCUUCUUUGUCACCUUUAUUGCCCUUCUUCUCCUCUUCUGGCUCUGCAUCCUCGACUCGAUCCGCAAGCCGGCUACGGCGCGGACAUACAUCGGCUUUUACCUGCCCAAGGUCGCGCUGGUGGGCACGCUCUGGCUCAUCUCGGUGGUGGUCUUCACCUGGCAGGAGCUGCACGAGCUCGACAACCCGACGUACUCGACGGCCAACGACAUUCCAGGUUUUAUCUUCUUCCGUGUUGUCCAGAUCCUGCUGCUCAUCGGCUACACGUUCUGGCUCAUUUUUGUGGCCAUUCUCGGUGUCAAGGACCGGCGGGCCUUCCCGCGGCUCUCUGUCCGCAUCAAGUACCUGGGUAUCCUCACCAUCUUUGUCCUUGCCAUCACCAUCACCGGCAUUGUCCUCGGCGUGGUCGGCACCAUCCACAACAACGCGGCCCAGUUCCUCUCGUUCUUCUCGCUCUUCAACCUCUACAUCUUCUUCCUCGCCAUCGUCUACGCUCCACCUAAGAACGCGGGUGGCCCGGCCCACAUGCGGCUGAACAACAUGGCGCCGGUCGACUCGGACUCGGAAGAGGCUGUCGGCCUCGGCGCGGCCUCGGGCCGCCGCACCCACUUCCGCGACUCGUACACUGACGACGAGGAGCGCUCCGGCUCGGCGCUGACCGACGACGACGGCGUCGGCGGCACGCCCAUGAACCGCGGCAGGAUCUCCGGCUCGGGCUACUCGUCGUCCGACGAGAACACUCGGGCGGCGGCGGGUGCCGCCGUCUCGGCAACGCCCGCCAUUGCCGCGCCUGCCACCGCAGCCUCGCCGGCCCCGGCCGCCGUCUUUGGCGCCCAGCCGCUCGCCUUUGACCCGCCGGCCAAGCCGGCGGCAUCGACCCCGACCCCGAACUUGAUUUGA